GGGAGUGUGGCACAGGACAUUGUGUUAGAUGAGUCACGACUUCCUGGGGAUCCCUCUCUCUUUCAUUCUACUCUCAUUCUUUUAUUCUUUACUCUCUCUCUCUUUAUCAAUUUACAUGUUUUUUCUCUUUUUCUCAUCCCUCAUCCUCUCUCUCAAGACUUUCCCUCCCUGAUCCCGCACAUCUCUCCCUAUCUCCUCCUUUUCCUUCCUCUACAUCUAUCUCUGUCUCGCUCAUUUCAAUCCAUUCUCCUGCUCUUAUACAGCUUCUCAUCCUCUCUGUUCAGUCUUCUUUUUCCAAUCUCCCUCACUCCCUCGCUCCCUCACUCCUCUCACAUUAGCGCAGCUGUUACCCCCUCCCUUCCCCUUUCUCUUUCUUUUGUCUCCCCCUCUCUAUACCUCCCCUAUAUCUUUCUAUCCCUGCCUCCCUGUUUAACUAUAUGGUGCUACGUUCUCCCUGUCAGUCUCACUCUGUCUCUUUCACCCCUUUUUCUCGCUUGCCUCCCCUUUUCUGACUCCCUCUCUCUCCAUUCGCUCUCUCUCUCUCUCUCUCUCUCUCUCUCUCUCUCGCCUCGAUCCACUUUGACACUUUCCUUCCCUCUCUUCCUCUCCCUUACACUCUUCCGCCGUCACACACAGGCACACACACGCACACACACUCUCUCUCUCCCUCUCUCUCUCUCUCUCUCUCUCUCUCACACACACACAGACAGACACACACACAGUUUUUCUGCCUCACACUAACACCCACUCGAUCUGUCUCUCUCUCCUUUCUGACGAGGGAACAUGUUGCCUAGGAGCAGUAGCAGCAGCAGCAGUGUGCUACACGUGGAGACAACCUCCUCUCUCUGUGUCUGACUGUAAUAAACCAGGGACAGGAGGAAGAAAGAAGGACCUGUUUCUUUUUUCUGUGUCUGACCAGACUCAUUGAGGAAGAGGAGGAGGAGAAGAAAGAUAGGACAAGGAUCAGUACGCAGAGGGAUUCAGGAUUUGAUUGUGACUGUGAGUCUGACCAAACUCACAGAGGUGGACUAGCGAGAGAAGGAAGAGGAGGAGGAAGAGGAGGAGGAGAAGAAAGAUAGGACAAGGAUCAGUACGCAGAGGGAUUCAGGAUUUGAUUGUGACUGUGAGUCUGACCAAACUCACAGAGGUGGACUAGCGAGAGGAGGAAGAGGAGGAGGAAGAGGAGGAGAAGAGCCAGGAUUUGUUUGUUUAUCUGACAAAACUCCCCAAAGAGGAAGAAUAGGAGGAAGAGGAGAGGCUACUGUUUGUUGUCCAUUUGGGACAAGUGGGGUAGUGGGUUUGGACCGGGUCUUGGCACACCCCCCAAAGUCGCUACCAUGUGGCAGGAGGCCUUACGGACUCGGGGGCGCUACCUUCUGGAACGUGGGGGAGAGGGGGGAGAUGGGGGAGAAGCCCUGGGGGAUGUGUUUGUAGGUUUUGGGGAGACCCCGACACAGGGACAGGUGUGUGUUGGGGGACAGAAGACCCAGGACUGGCUGUAUGAGUCCUACUACCGUAUGAGCCAACAACACCCUCUCAUUGUGUUCCUACUGCUCAUAGUGAUGGGAGCAUGCCUCGCUCUACUGGCCGUGUUCUUUGCUUCCGGACUGAACAUGGAGGACCACCUCGCGUUCCUGAUCACCGUGCCCACCACCCUCUUCCUCUUCCUCUCCAUCUUCAUCCUGGUCUGCAUAGAGUCCGUCUUCAACCGCAUGCUCCGCCUCUUCUCCCUCCUUAUAUGGGCCUGCCUGGUUGCCAUGGGUUACCUCUUCAUGUUCUCCGGGGGGAUCCUCUGUCCUUGGGACCAGGUGUCCUUCUUCCUGUUCAUAGUGUUUGUGGUCUACACCAUGCUGCCGUUCUCCAUGAGGGGAGCAGUCCUCGCCAGCAUCAUCACAUGUUUAUCACACACAAUCACACUCAGUGUGUGUCUGGCGUUUACUGCAGAAGCCUUGGAACCACUGGUGUGGCAGAUCCUGGCUAACAUCAUUAUCUUUACGUGUGGUAACCUGGCUGGAGCGUACCAUAAGCACCUGAUGAACCUGGCCCUCAGACAGACCUACCAGGACACCUGCAACUGCAUCAAGUCCCCCAUCAAACUGGAGUUUGAGAAACACCAGCAGGAGAGGUUAUUGUUGUCCCUGCUCCCGGCCCAUAUCGCCCGUGUGAUGAAGGCAGAGAUCAUUCAGAGGUUACAGGGACCAAGGGACAGGGACUUCGGCCGGGCAGAGGGAACCAACAACUUUCACAACCUCUAUGUCCAACGACACACCAACGUCAGUAUUCUGUAUGCAGACAUCGUAGGGUUCACUAAGCUGGCUGGUGACUGCUCACCCGGAGAACUGGUGCACAUGCUCAAUGAAUUGUUUGGCAAGUUUGACCAGAUAGCCAAGGAGAAUGAGUGUAUGCGUAUAAAGAUUCUGGGUGAUUGUUACUACUGUGUAUCAGGCCUACCAGAGUCUCUCCCUCACCACGCACGCAACUGUGUCAAGAUGGGACUGGACAUGUGUGAGGCCAUCAAGAAGGUGCGUGAUGCUACUGGUGUGGAUAUCAAUAUGCGAGUCGGGGUGCAUUCUGGGAACGUGCUGUGUGGCGUCAUCGGCCUCCAGAAGUGGCAGUACGACGUCUGGUCACAUGAUGUCACUUUAGCCAAUCACAUGGAGGCAGGGGGCGUGCCAGGGCGUGUCCAUAUCUCCUCAGUAACAUUGGAGCAUCUGAAGGGGUCCUAUAAGGUGGAACCAGGGGAGGGACAGAGUAGAGACUUUUACCUGAAGGAACACGGAGUCAUCACUUACCUGGUCAUCAACCCCAAGGCUGAGAGGCGGAGCCCUCACCUGUGUGCGCGUUCUCGUUCCUCUUUGGAAGGAGGGAAGAUGAGGGCAUCGGUCAGAAUGACUCGGUACCUGGAGUCCUGGGGGGCGGCAAAACCUUUUGCUAACCUGCACCAUCGAGACAGCAUGACCACUGACAAUGGCAAAAUAAACACUAUGGAUGUUCCAAUGGGCCAGUAUCACUACCAGAGAAGAGAGAGGACUAAAUCUCAGAAGAGACGGUUUGAAGAGGAACUGGAAGAGAGGAUGAUCAGAACCAUUGAUGGCAUCAACUCCCAGAAGCAGUGGCUGAAGUCUGAGGACAUCCAGAGGAUCUCACUCUUCUUUCACAACAAGACUCUGGAGAAGGAGUAUCGAGCCACCACUCUGCCGGCCUUUAAAUACUACGUCACCUGUGCCUGUCUCAUCUUCUGCUGCAUCUUCAUAGUGCAGAUACUGGUCCUGCCCAAAACAGCAGUGUUGGGGAUCUCCUUUGGCAUGUCUUUCCUCCUGUUAGGUCUGAUCCUGGUCAUAUGUUUCUCCAGCCACAUCUUGCAGGGAGGUAAAGGAUCGUGGUGCUCUCUCCCCUGGCUCCCUACUUCCUCACGCAUCAUCAUCGCCAACAAACCCUGGCUCCGAUUGGUCCUCACCAUGACAACCACCGCUGUUAUACUUGUCAUGGCUGUUUUCAACAUGUUCUUCCUGGAAGAUGAGGUUCUGACCACACCCACUACCAUGAACCUGACCAAUGACAGCAUGCUCAGCUCCCACAGCCCCACCCACCUCACGGAUGGGAAUAAGUUCUACCUGCCUUAUUUUAUCUACUGUUGUAUCCUGGGUCUGGUGUCGUGUUCUGUGUUCCUGAGGAUCAACUAUGAGCUGAAGAUGGUUGUAAUGUUAGUUGCCAUGGUGAUCUACAACAUCAUCAUCCUCCAGACACAUGCACCCCUGCUGGACGGCUACAGUACUGCACUCUACAGCACACAGACACUGGACAGGCCAGGCAUUCUAAAGGAUCUGAAGACGAUGGGUUCUGUUUCUCUCUUCAUCUUCUUCAUCACUCUACUGGUGUUAGCACGACAGAAUGAAUAUUACUGUAGGUUGGACUUCCUGUGGAGGGACAAGUUCAAGAGAGAGUGUGAGGAGAUCGAGACCAUGGAGAACCUCAACAGGGUUCUACUGGAGAACGUUCUACCUGCCCACGUCGCAGAACACUUCCUGGGACGCAACUGGAAGAAUGAGGAUCUGUACCACCAGUCAUAUGAGUCGGUAUGUGUGAUGUUCGCCUCCAUCCCAGACUUUAAGGAGUUCUACACAGAGUCAGACGUCAACAAGGAGGGCCUGGAAUGUCUCAGACUCCUCAACGAGAUCAUCGCUGACUUUGACGAGCUGCUGUCCAAGCCUAAAUUCAGUGGGGUGGAGAAGAUAAAGACUAUUGGCAGCACCUACAUGGCUGCUACUGGGCUCAACGCUACACCUGGACCUGAAUACACACAGGAGCAUGACCGUCAGUACAUGCACAUUGGCACCAUGAUGGAGUUUGCAUUCGCCUUGGUCGGGAAACUAGAUGUCAUCAACAAACACUCCUUCAAUGACUUCAGGCUACGAGUUGGGAUAAACCAUGGUCCGGUGAUUGCGGGGGUGAUCGGAGCGCAAAAGCCUCAGUAUGAUAUCUGGGGGAACAGUGUUAAUGUGGCCAGCCGGAUGGAGAGUACUGGGGUACUGGGGAAAAUACAGGUAACCGAGGAGACGAGUCGUAUCCUGUUGACGCUGGGCUACAUGUGUUCAUGUCGCGGCAUCAUCAAUGUGAAGGGGAAGGGAGAGCUUAAGACCUUCUUCGUACACACAGAGAUGACCAGAUCGCUGUCGCAAGGGACUGUGAUGCCUUGAACAUCAUACACUGAGCAAUUUACACACACACGCCCGCAAGAAGUGCACACACACACAUGCCCGCAAGCGUGCCCACACACACACACUCAAACUAUACAAACACAUGCAUUUACAUACACACAAAUGGACUUGCACACACAUCAGGGCUUCAAACCGGUAAAUAACUACAUUUGUCAAGGAACAGAAACGGAAUCGGGAACGAAAGUGAUCCAAACUGUUUUUUCCUAGUCC